AGGUGAGAGAAGGACAAUACUCAGUCCUGAUUUCUAUUUCUUUAUGAAAAAAUUGCAGGAAUCCGAGAUUCUUCUUACCAUUUAAGAGAUCUAAUAGUAUGAAUUACCCUAACAAAUGUAUCCUGGUUUGGUAGCUUAAUCAUAUCAUAAGAUAUCAUUCUAAGAAAGCAGUUGUCUUAACAUGGAUGACUUUACUUAUAAUUUGAUUCCUUUACUGCAAGAUGAUCCAAUGCUUUUUGAAUAUUUGCCAAUCUCAACAGUUCAUCCCGACCUAGAACCCGCAAUCCCUCAUCAAGAUCUGCAAAAUCAGGUGGUUGCAUCUUCGCUUGCUUCACGUCAAGAAAAGACUGAGGAGAUCAUCAUCAGGAACAAUAUCAACACGGCCCCGAAAAGGCAGACAAAGGCAUCAUCAGCUAUUCGACCUGAUAAUCAUGACUCUGGGAAGAACCCUGAUGAGAGCAAGCAGAAAAAAGCCUAUCAUAGAGAUAUCGAGCGCCGAAGGAGGCUAGAAAUGGCGGAGCUUUAUGCUUCUCUCAGAAAUCUACUGCCUCUUGAAUGUAAAAAGACAAAGGGUUCCGCUUCGGAUCAUCUUCUUGAUGCAGUGAAUCAUAUAAAACACAUGGAGAAGAACAUUAGGGAAUUGGAAGUAAAAAGGGAUAAGCAAAUAAAUUUAAUGGCUGGAUCGAGCAAUCUGGACGUCAAAAUUGUUGAGGAAACGAACUCUUCUGCUAUUAAGUUCACACUCAGGCAAUGCUCGGGUGGUGGAAUUGAGAUUCUGAUGAAGAAUUACUUGGCAGAUACUAAAUGGUUUCCUCUAUCAAAGAUACUGGAUGUGCUGCUUGAUGAAGGUCUUGCUGUUGUUAGCUGUGUCUGCACCAAAGUCAAUGAGGAAUUUCUUUACACAAUCCAAACUGAGGCCAAUGCAGAUGUUGAUCUAAUUUGUCUGCAAGAAAAGCUGACGAAAAAUGUCGUGACUGGGAAAGACUUAAAAGUCCUAGAGCAAUACAGGAAUUGAGACUGUUCACAUGAACAACAGAAAUUAAAAGGUUUCAAGAGAUGCAGGUUUCUGAAAGUUAUUGUCAGUCAGUGUAUUUGCUUUGUGCAUGUAUAUACACUUGUUAAAGUUUGACAAAAAGACAACUAAGAAAUUCUAUCUGCUUAAUGGGACUUGUUGAUCACGAGGGGAGAUGAAAUGUUGAAUAUCAGCAUUAACGAACUUAAAGGCAAGUAUGUCGAGUGGAUUACACAUUUUAGGAUAGAAAACGAACUGAAGAAAAUAACAAAAUUUUGUGCUUGUUGAAUAUACAAGCACAAAAUAUGGACAACAUAUUGCAAGGUACAACUUUCUAUAUUGCCAAUAAGCUUAAAGUCACCUAUAAUAAAAAAGUGUAUUGGAACUCUCUUCUCCU